GCAUCGUACAUGAGGCAAAAGAAAGAUGCUUACUUUGCUGAUGGACAAAGGAAAAAGGACUGGCAUAACAAAGAAGCUAUAAGGAGGGACUCUGAGCGUGUAGGAAAUGGAGAACAGGGAAAACCUUACCCAAUGACUGAUGCAGAGCGAGUGGACCAGGCGUACAGGGAAAAUGGCUUUAAUAUCUUUGUGAGUGAUAAAAUUUCUCUGAAUCGUUCCCUUCCAGACAUCAGACAUCCUAACUGCAAGAAUAAGCUGUACCUGGAGAAGCUCCCAAACACUAGUGUGAUAAUCCCAUUCCACAACGAAGGAUGGUCCUCCCUCCUGCGGACAGUGCACAGCGUCCUGAACCGCCCCCCCCCCGAGCUGAUAGCAGAGAUAGUGCUGGUGGAUGACUUCAGUGACAGAGAACACCUGAAGAAACGCCUGGAAGAUUACAUGGCCCAAUUCCCAAAUGUGCGAAUCCUCCGGACCAAAAAGAGGGAGGGGCUGAUCAGAACUCGGAUGCUUGGAGCCUCCAUGGCCAUCGGGGAUGUCAUCACCUUCUUGGACUCCCACUGUGAGGCCAACGUGAACUGGCUGCCACCCCUGCUAGAUCGCAUUGCCCGAAACCGCAAGACAAUCGUUUGCCCUAUGAUUGAUGUUAUUGAUCACGACCACUUUGGCUAUGAGACUCAGGCUGGAGAUGCAAUGCGAGGUGCAUUUGACUGGGAGAUGUAUUACAAGAGGAUCCCUAUUCCUCCUGAGUUACAGAAACCUGAUCCCAGUGAUCCCUUUGAGUCUCCUGUAAUGGCUGGAGGACUGUUUGCAGUCGAUAGAAAGUGGUUCUGGGAGCUGGGAGGGUAUGAUGCAGGUCUGGAGAUAUGGGGAGGAGAGCAGUAUGAAAUAUCCUUUAAGGUAUGGAUGUGUGGAGGUCGCAUGGAGGACAUCCCUUGCUCAAGAGUUGGUCAUAUUUACAGAAAAUAUGUUCCAUACAAGGUUCCCACAGGAGUCAGCCUGGCAAGAAACCUGAAGCGAGUGGCUGAGGUGUGGAUGGAUGAGUAUGCAGAGUACAUCUACCAGCGCCGACCAGAGUAUCGACACCUCUCCGCGGGCGACGUCGCGGCUCAGAAGGAACUGCGCAACAACCUCAACUGCAAAAGCUUCAAGUGGUUCAUGAACGAGGUUGCGUGGGACUUGCCAAAGUUUUACCCACCAGUGGAGCCUCCAGCAGCUGCCUGGGGAGAGAUACGCAACGUAGGAACUGGACUGUGUGUGGAUACUAAGCAUGGAGCCCUGGGAUCCCCACUGAGGCUGGAAAGCUGUGUGAAGGACAGAGGAGAGGCAGCAUGGAACAAUGUGCAGGUGUUCACCUUCAGCUGGAGAGAGGAUAUCCGUCCUGGGGAUCCACAGCAUACCAAGAAGUUUUGUUUUGAUGCCAUUUCCCACAGCAGCCCUGUGACCCUCUAUGACUGUCACGGAAUGAAGGGGAACCAGCUCUGGAGAUACCGAAAAGACAAGACCCUGUACCAUCCAGUCAGCCGCAGCUGUAUGGACUGCAGUGAGAGUGAUCGAAAGAUCUUUAUGAACAGCUGCAAUCCUUCAUCUCCAACACAGCAAUGGAUAUUUGAACACACAAACUCAACCAUCUUGGAAAAAUUUAACAGAAAUCUUGAUCUUUAA